AUGCCGAAGCCCGACUUUGCCGACUACUUGCUGAAGACGUCUGGAGACGAAUAUUACCUGCGAGCGCAAUACAAAAACGUCGUCGCCGCCGACAAGUACCAUCUGGUGCUCAGGGCGCCGGUACAUGUGAUCCCAAAUUUGGAUGGCGAUACGUUGCUCUUAUUCGAGAUAUUUCGGCGCCUUGGCUUCCCGGAGGGAUCGACAAAGUUCCUUUUUCUUGGAAACUACGCUGGCGACACGGCUUUAUCGACGGCACUGAUGAAUUUCAUGCUGGCGCUCAAGAUUGUAUGCCCGGACAACGUCUUCUUGCUGCGUGGAAGGGCGGAAAUCCCCGAUGGGAUCCGACCAUUUGCGAAGAAAUACUGGGAGCGACAAGUGCGCGAAUGGCAAGACAUUUUCAAAUGGAUGCCCGCGUCCGCGUCGAUCUUUGACCAAGGCGCCAUCUUCUGCACGAACCACGGACUUGGCUUGCCCUACACCACGAAGAUGAUAGAAACACGUCUAAAGAUGACACUGCCGCAACGAUUUGAUAUGGAACAAAGGAAGGUGCAGCCGAUUUGUCGUGACACCAUGGACGUUGCUAUGAAAAACUUCAUGAAACGGGAACGCGUGGACCUGGUGUGCGAGGCGGCCAACCACCUUCGUGAGGCUUGCAUGCUUGCAUCAGACAUGGAACGCCUCUACCUAGGCCACAACGAAGACCCAUUGCUGAAAACGUCGGAGGCUGUCAUCCUGUGCGUUGAGGAGAAUUGUCGACAGUUGAUGUGCUUUGAAUGCGCGGGCCCAAAAACA